UCGAUAACAAAUACAGAACUGAAAGCAGUGGCUGUUUUGACAGCAAACAAAAGUGUAGAAACUACGAUUAGGCCUUCAGUCCUGAGUCAGUUGUCUGUGCGAAUAUUUGCACCUGCACGAAUAAGGAUGGCCACCAGCGACCAGGGAAGGGACACUCUAGGGUAUCAGACGGAACUGAUUCAGAUGUGUAGGGAAACCUUUGAGAGAUGUCUCGUCCCAUCUACAGUCAUGGAUAACAUGAACGUCGACCCUAACCUCAAGGAAAGGAUUCUAGCCCACCAGCGCCGAGAGCGACAGGAGGCAGUCAAACUGCUGUUGGAGGCUGUUCUGGCCAAACCGGAAGACCAUGUCUCCAUGUUUAUAUAUGCCCUCACGGAAGUAGGUUUUGAACACUUCACGGACAUACUUGAAGACAGCAAAGGCCCUCAAGACAGAAACAGAACUUCAGCCAAAUAUGAAAUGUUGAUUCUCUGGCUGCAGGGCGAUCUAAAGGACAAGAUCAUUCCGACAGAGAUCAUUGAUGGCCUGAAGCCAAUACUCAGUGACAGGGACUACGAGCUGAUUCGCAACUUGGAGACUGAACGAAGUGCCCACGAUGCCUGUCAGGAGCUGUUCCUGGCCAUGCCGAGGAAAACCCCCCGCUGGGCCUCCUACUUCCUGGAUGCUCUGUACAACGCCUAUGGCCCCCAGUUACUGGCGAAAAUACACCCCGACUUGCCCCGUGAUGUAGGCGUUGACGAGGAUGAGGACAGUGAUGACGGGGAGGAUGGGAGUGACACCGACUCCCAGUCAGAGACGGGCUGUGUAUCGUCAGUGACCUCCUUUCCGGAUCUAGACUCUCGGGAAGAAAACGACCAGCCGAAUCGUCAGGUCGACCUCCAGGGAAAACCGGAAGGUCAGGUCGACACCCAGCACUUCUCGGAGCAUCGGGUCGAUCCCCGGGGCCACCCGGAACUUCUGGUCGACUCCAAGGGCCAUCCAGGGCGUCUGGUCGACUCCCAUGGCAACCCGGAUCGUCAGGUCGACACCCAGGGCCACAUGGAGCGUCAGUUCGAUCCCCAGGUCCACCCGGAGCGUCAGGUCGACACCCAGGUCCACCCGGAGCGUCAGGUCGACACCCAGGGCCAUCCGGAGCAUCAGGUCGACUCCCAGAGCCACAGGGGAGUCGCCAGGUACAGCCGAGACCAACUGUUAGCCCUUCGUCCACGAUCAGCACUACCACACAUCAUCAGCGCAGAUAUUUCACUGGACUGUUUCCUGGACAUGGACACGCCACGUCAUCACAGAGAACUGAUUUCAACACCCAUCCCGGAACUGAGAGAGGCUGGUGUGGAGGAACAGACACUGAGAAAAAGGAUACAGCCACCGUCACAAAGCUGCACGGUUUCAAACAGCGACUCAUCUGAUGACGCAGGAAGCCAGGAUGGAGACCCAGAGAGAACUGUCAUUUACUCCCGUGAGGACAUUGAGAUGCGGGAGUACCAGCUGGAGCUUGCUGCCAGUGCCUUAACUGGUCGCAACAACAUCAUCUGGCCUCCGACCGGAUCAGGGAAAACUGUGGUUGCCAUCCACAUCGCUAAAGGCAUCCUUGAGAAAGAAAGAAGGAAAGUUAUAUUUCUUGAGCCAACAGUAGCGCUUGUUAAUCAGACUUAUCAUGAGGUCAGACGUUACCUCGGUGACGAAUACAAGGUGAUGAAACUGAGGGGCGUCGAUGACGACAGCGUUAAUCUCCACAUCCUCUUGCCAUAUAACGACAUCGCAGUGAUGACCCCGAUGAUCUUGGAGAACCACUUGAAGCAGGAGAAGAUCGAGUGUCUGUCCAGCCUGUGUUGUCUGCUCGUCCUAGACGAGUGUCAUCACACCCGGAAGGGGGAGGCCUACAACCAGAUCAUGAUCAGAUAUCUGCGGGAGAAGGAAGGAGGAGCUCAACACCUGCCUCAGAUUGUUGGAUUGACCGCCGCGAUUGGGGUAGAGAAAGCAUCAACAGAUGAAGAGGCCCUCGACAACAUCCUGAGACUGUGCGCCAACCUGGACCCUCACUCACCCAUAAUCUCUACGGUGCAGCGGAACAGGAAGGAACUAGACCGUCUCGUUCCUUUUGCAGAAGAACUUACCAUACCUCUAAAGGAAAACAAGAACAGUCAGUCCAAGAAGGUCAUAGAAGAUGCAAUGGCUCGGAUUCAGGGCAUACUACCAAGGUUCCAGGACAUGCACAACGAGGUAAUUGGGAAAUGUUUGCGGGAAGCGCCUGCAGACUUUGGUAGCCAGUCGUACAAUAACUGGACAGUGGAUCUCAAGGACACCACCACCAAGGUCAACACGCAAGGUGAUACCGAACUGACAGAGAUGAUACGUGAUCUGUCGAGCAUUGCCGACCACCUAAAUAAAUACAACGUAGCCUUGACUUUGAAUGACCUUGUUCGGGUCAAGGACGUUAUAGACUAUGUCCGCAAUGAACUGCUGUCCACACACGGAGGAAGCCUGCAAACAGCUGGCGAACAACAACUCCAGAACGAGGCCAACAGGGUAAAAAAAGACUUGAUGCGGUGUGAACUGAUGAGGACACAAGACCGUGACAAUGAAAACCCAAGACUGAAUCAGCUGGCUGAUAUUCUGGUCGACCUCAUGGGAGACGUCCCAGACUUCAGGGCCAUCAUAUUUGCCCAGACUCGAGCCACGUGCGGGGCCCUUGCUGACUGGCUCAACAAUGACGUUCACGUCCCAGACGUUCUCAAAGACCUGAACGCUAGUUAUUUCACCGGAGCACAUGCGAGCGAACAGAUCGGUGGCAUGACCCAGACCCAGCAGGAUAACGUGCUGGCCCGCUUCAGGUCGGGCAGGAUCAAGUUGAUUGUGGCUACCUCUAUUGGUAACGAAGGCAUUGACAUCCCUGACUGCAACGUGAUCGUUCCCUACAACCACACCGGCAAUGAGAUAACAACGCUCCAGGUUCGAGGUCGAAGCAGGAAGGUUGGCGGAAGAACUGUAAAUCUUGCAGACGACAAAGUUCAAGAACGAAAUUGUCGCAACCUGGUGAAAGAAUAUUUGAUGAAACAGGCGGUCGACACCAUCACUCGAAUGCCCUAUGACCGAGUUUCAAAGCUAAUCAGGUUGUUUCAACAGGAAGUUCUAGCGGCAGCGGAAAUCUCAGAGCGAGAAAGACAGGCUGAUGCAAGGCAGGCGACACAUGUGCAGUACUGUGUCAUUUGUAAACAUUGCCGGACAGAACUGACAACUGGUGACUUGAUGAGAGUCAUCAAUGGAAGCCAGUAUGUAGUGGUUGACAAAACCUUCACAUCGAAAAUAAAUAGCCAUGUGCCGAGACAGAUAAAUGACCAGCUAAAAUUUGAUGAUGUCAUUAUGGCUGGCGGGAUCUCGUGCAUGAAAUGCCAUAAACCACUUGGAAGCCGAAUCCUCGUCAGUGGCGUGGUGUUCUACACUCUGGGAAUAAAGCAUGUUCUAUUUCUAAUCGAUGGAACUCAGGAACCUCAGAAGUUCAAACAGUGGUCGAAGGUCCCCUUCAAACCGAGACCGAUGAGUACAGCAGAUCAGCAGGAGUACAGCAGACCCUGAAGGAGACCACGCUGGUCUCAGUGAGCGAUGAAGCAAUGUGAUGUAUGGACUGUUUGUGAUAUGUAACGUGUUUGUUAUGUACACGUUACUGACUGAUUACUUUUAACUGAUAUUCCGUUCAGUAACAUCCACAUG